AUGGACGCAUCAACAGUGAACGUCGACGCCAGAGCUGCGGCAGCCGACGUCAAGAAGAAAUACGAACAAGAGCGACAGAAACGCCAGCAAACUUCCAAAGGUCUCGCACAGUUCUCCGACCGACAACAGAGCAAAGAGCUACUCCUGCAAGAUCCGUGGGUCGAGAGCGGUACCGACGUCCACCGGCCGGUCAAGAAUGGCGGCACGAGCAAGAUCGUUGUUUUCGGUGCCGGCUUCGGUGGACUGCUCGCAGCGAUUCAAUGUCUUGAGAGCGGAGCGGCCAAGACACCAGGCGAUAUACUAAUGGUUGACCCUGCUGGUGGGUUCGGUGGCACGUGGUACUGGAAUCGCUAUCCGGGUUUGAUGUGUGAUGUUGAGAGCUACGUCUACCUGCCUCUCCUCGAAGAGACGGGCUACAUGCCCACACGCCGCUACGCCGGCGGCGAAGAGAUCCGCAAAUACUGCAACACUCUCGCAAAGCACUGGGGUCUUACUGACCGUGCAUUGUUUCAGUCAUCGGGUAAGACGCUGACGUGGGAGAAUGACCAUUGGGUCUGCGAAAUCGCUAUUCAGCCAAAGGGACUGCCCGAGGAGACGAUUCGCAUCAACACUAGCUACGUGAUCAUUGGCUCGGGCGCGUUCACGUAUCCGAAGAUUCCAAAUGUGCCGGGUUUGAAGACAUUUGAGGGCCAAUCGCUACAUACAGCUCGUUGGGACUACAGCAUUACAGGUGGAUCGCCGGCGAGUCCAGUGCUCGACAACCUGAAGGACAAGCGGGUCGCUAUUGUCGGAACAGGAGCAACUGCUAUUCAAGUCGUGCCUGAGCUUGCGAAGUACGCGAAGGAGCUGUACGUUGUCCAGCGAACGGCAUCAGCGGUUGGCAUCCGCGACAAUCGAGACACUGAUGCAGAGGAAUGGAAGACGAAGAUCGCAAGCAAGAAAGGCUGGCAUGCGGAAAGGAUGAAGAACCUUCAGAUCUUUACCGAACAAUCUGUCGACCUGCCAGAGGAAAACUUGAUCAAUGAUGGAUUCUGCUCGAUGCCUUCGAUCUCAGGCGCCUUUGGCGGUCCGAGUGAUCUGAAGCCCGAGGACAUGGCGAAGCAGAUCGAGUAUCUGUACAAACUUGAUGACGAGCGGGCGCAGAAGGUGCGGGAUCGUGCUCUAGAGAUUGUGAAGGAUCGCGAGACGGCCGAGAAACUCCAAGCAUGGUAUCCCGGAUGGUGCAAGCGACCAACAUUCCACGACGAGUACCUACCAACUUUCAACCAACCUAACGUCCACCUCGUCGACACCGAUGGCCAAGGCAUCGACUCCAUGGGCCCGCACAGUAUCACCGUGGCUGGUAAAGAGUACCCCAUCGAUGUCCUAGUCUGGAGCACCGGUUACGGCAACCCGCUCCUCGAAUCUCUGGCUGGCAAAGCCGACAUCAUCGUCCGCGGAACGAACGGGAAAGAUAUGGAAGAGCUCAACAAGGCCAUGGACCUCAAGACUCUCCACGGCCUGAUCUCCUACGGCUUCCCAAACCUCUUCACCCCGUCACUCGCCCAAGCAGGCGUCGGCGCCGAGAAGCAGGUUGGCAAAGAACACAAAACUAUUAUCACGGUCGAGGAGAAGGCGUGCGAUAAGUGGCAGGACGAGCUGCAAGCAAAUGCGCAUUUGACCGGGGCGAUUGUACAGUGCUUGCCGGGCUACUUCACGCUUGAAGGCGAUGUGGCGCACCUUCCGCCGGAGGCGCUGGGGAAGAUGUCGAGAGGGGGGUUGUAUGGGCAGGGGUAUUUGAAGUAUGCUAAGAUACUUGAUGAGUGGAGGGCGAAGGGCGAUUUGGAAGGCUUGAAUGUUGCGUCUGCUGCAUGA